AAGAUCUUAAAAAGUCAAAACAACAACUUAACCUUACUCCUUUUUGUUAAUGAUUGUCAUAUGACUCAAUUAAAUCCGAAUAAGUAAUAAACUUACUGCAAAACUCUCGUGAUGUGCGAGGCGACAAAUCCAGAAGAAAACGAAAACAAGGAAAACUUCAACACCGACAAUGAAGAGGAAGAUUUGGAACUUGAAGAGGACGAAGAAGAGGAAUUAACAGCUGCAGAAUUACUGGCACUGAAUCACGAAUUGGAUGCGUUAAAUCUGGCUCUUGACGAAAUGGAAUCAAAGAGAGAAAGCAUACACACGCAACUACUAGAGUUGCUGGAAUCAAAUCGCGAUAUUAGAAAAGAAAUUCAAGAACAGAAAGAAUUGUCAGAUUCCGUAAAAAAUAUAGAUUUAGAUUCUAAAGAAAAAGAGACCGAGUAGUUACACCAAUUACGUUUUGUUACUUUAUUAAGCACUUAUAAUUAUAACAAGAAGGUAUUUCACAACUUGUAUAUUACACUAAUUGUUAAUAAAAUUUUUAAAUGUUGCAAGAAACUGCAGUAAGUUACAGUUUAUAAAAAAGCCACAUUGUGUUUUCACAACGUAUAGUUAACGAUCUGAAACCCAUGAACGUAUUGGUGCAUGUAAUGUAAUAAAAAAGCUAUUAAUGCCACUAUUUUAAAAUCAGUGGUUUAAUUUUGUAUUCACUCAUAAUCGGCAAUUUAGCAAAAUGUACCUGUUCAAAGUUGUUCUGUUAUCAGCCCUCUGCGUGGUCUAUUCAAAGAAUGUCCAACCAUUUUCGAUUGAUCCGAACGACCUCAAGGAAUUUUCCCCAAACCUGUAUCUUAAUGUUAAAUCAUUUUUCAAAACGAUCCAUAA